UCCAUCCCAGUAUACAGUACACCCACAGACCUGAUAUCCGCUCCUCGCCGAUAUUUUGCCCCAGUUUUCAUCUUCUCGACGAACCAGAGCUCUGCAACUCUUGAUCGGAAGCCGUUUUGUACGUUACCGGAAAGUGCUCAAUUCUUGCCCUCUUUGCUCCUCCUUGUCCAAUCCAGAAGAAAAUUGAGCAUGAAACUGAACCAGCGGUGAAACACAGAGUUAGGGUUUCAGACUGGUGCUAGAACUUUCUAACUCUGUUUGUGGUUUUAGAUACAGAUUUUGAAUUCAUGGAGGCUUAUAAGCGAUGGGUGAGGAGGAACAGAGAGUUCGUGCAUUCGCUGGAGUCUUUGGCCAAUGGAUUGACAUGGCUUCUUCCAGAAAGAUUUUCUGAUUCAGAAAUUGGACCAGAAGCAGGUUCUGUGAAACUUUGUAACUGCAGUUUUGGGCAUGAUUACUGCUGUCAAUGAACAUAUAAUCAGCACAACUCCAACCCAGAUGCAUAGGACACCUGCAGAGCCAUCUUCCUUCCCUUACUCUUUGUGCAUAACUUUACUGAAGGACUUAGAAACGUUGGUUGAAGUUGCAGCACAGCAUUUCCUUGGUGAUGAUAAAAAGUGGAAUUUUAUUGCUGCUACAGAGGCUAUCAAGGUGUGUGUUAGGCUAGUUUUGUUCCAGAACAGUGGAUACAAGAUGCUUUUGCAGGGUGGGGAGAUACCAAAUGUUGAAAAGGGUUCUGAGACUUUAGAUCCUCAACAUAAAUUUGGAAACCUCUCAAAGCCUGGAAGGCGUGAGGGGCCUGGUAACUUAAAGAAUUAUCAUGAUAAGAACCCGUGGAAUCUUGAAGGAAGGGCACUCUCUGCUUUGAGCAGGUUCGGGGAAAAUGCUAGGAUGGCCUCAGACCCAACAUGGUUCCACAGGGUUCAGCAGCACCAUGCAAUCAUGGAGCCUCCCUGUAAUGCUUUGGUGGUUGAGAAACCCACCUUGUCAGCUAUCUUGUCUGAGAAAGGUUUUUGUGGGGCUUUAUUCUUGAUAGCUGAGGUGAUGUUCAUAACUAGACCACUUAUUUAUGUUUUAUUGAUACGAAAGUACGGAGCUCGGUCUUGGUUUCCUUGGUGUACUUCCUUGGCUGUGGACCUUACUGGAGUGGGCAUUCUUUCUAAUUUUACAAUGUCAUCGUUUGGUAGGAAAGAUCAUCAUGUUCAUCUUUCCGACCACGAAAAGGAUGAGUUGAGAAGGCGCAAGCUGCUGUGGGCACUUUACCUCAUGAGAGAUCCGUUCUUUAACAAGUACACACGGAAAAGACUUGAAAACACAGAGAGAUUAUUAGAGCCUGUUCCAAUUAUUGGGACUCUUACAGCAAAGAUUAUGGAGCUCAUCCUUGGAGCUCAAACACGGUACACUUACAUGUCAGGUUCAUGACAUUGAAGAUAUGUGUGGUACAUUUUAAUCAGCCGUCUCCUCAUGAUCAUGAAGUCCUCUAUCAUUAGCCUUAUUAGUCUGCCAUCUGGCAAUUGCUGUAUAAAUUUUGAUUCACAGCUAUUUCAGUGCAUGCUAGAUCAGUUUUCUUCCUCUUUAGAUCUCAACAGCCAAAUUGUUGUUGCACAUGCAUAAAAAUGCAUGGCCAUUAUGAUUUAGUUUCUCUCUCUACAUAUCUAGAUGUGUGCAUGUGCAGGGAUGCACACGCUCAAAAUGAUUGGUCAUUGACAUCCAAAAGCUGAGUGCAUGCAAUUAUAUUUCCUGUCUCGUCUUGUCAAAGCCCUCUUACUGCUGCUAUGCAAGUGAAAUUGCCGUUAUUUAUCUAAACCCGUGCAUGUUAUAGCUUGUUCUUCACAAAUUCAAAGUUUAGAAAUCAAGACGUGAUUGGUUUGCAUAGCCUAAGAUUUUUUUUUUUCCCCCUAAUUCCUUGCAAGUCAAUUGCUGCUACAAAACCGUUUUCUUUUCUUCUGUCUCUGCAUAUUGUAGCACUAAUUACGUCCUUUUGAUUUCAAGAUAAGAUAAGCCUACAUCAAUUGAAAUUUGUAGUGUUUGUUCCUACAUUACAAGUGCAUUAUCUGGAAUUCAUUCUAGUUAGUUACUUUGGUGAUAAAGAAAUUUUUAUCUAAUAAAUCCGAACUUGGCUCUA